AUGUCUCGUGGAAUGAGCCUGUUUUCCGUGCAAGCCGUCCUGAUCCUCAGCACCGAGGACGGCUCCCGCAUUUUCGCCAAAUACUACGCCUCCCCUCACACAGCUCCAAAUGCUGGCAAUGUCAACGCCAACCCCUAUUCCGAUGUGAAGUCCCAGAAGGCGUUCGAGAAGGGGCUCAUUGAGAAGACCUCAAAGCAAACGGGCGACAUUAUCCUCUACGACAACCGAAUUGUCCUUUACAAGCUCGAGUCCGAUGUCAUGAUCUACGUUGUCGGCAGCGUCGACGAGAAUGAGAUCCUCCUAUACAACACAAUCCUAGCUCUGAGGGACUCGCUACACCUGUUAUUCAAGCAAUCCGUGGACAAGCGAACCAUUGUCGAGAACUACGACCUCGUGUCGCUCGCCAUCGACGAGAUUGUCGACGACGGAAUCAUCCUGGAGACGGACCCCACCAUCAUCGUCCAGAGAGUAAGCAAGGCCCCAACGCAGGACGUCCAGCUCGGCCGCAUCGACCUCAGCGAACAGGGCGUCAACAACCUGGCGCAACUCGGAAAGUCAAAGCUCGCCGACUGGUUGCGGCAGGGACUGUAA